AAGCAGCACUUGAAGGCACCACGGUUAGAGGAAGAAGGCUGCUGUAACAAAGCCGCAACCACUGGAAGCUCCGAGCUGAAGACUACUCAGCUAGAUGUGUUGACAGGACUUUCCUACAUUUCCUUUUGCCAAUGGAAGCUGAGGGAUGCAGCCAGCAAUGGAAGAUGCAACUUCCCGAGUUCAAACACAGAAGAUGCUCAAGUCUGGCGUCAAAUGACCACGAGAGAGGCCUGGCAGAGAGAGAAAGGGACAGAGAUGGGCCACACAAAAGUGUUUCCAUGGCGCCCACGUCCAGGUAUCUGACAGACAGACAGUAUGUGAUGAGAAAGCCUCUGUUUGCUGCUGAGCAACAUACAUCCAUCCUCAAGAAGACUACAAGAGAAAAGCACAAAGAGAAGGAGCAGCACUUCAGUGGUAGCAAAAGAGAGCAAAAUCAGAAACACACGGACAGUAACUUUUUGACCAAGGCAAGAGAGCUGGUGUCUCCAGAGAGCUUCAGACUGUCUCACAGUGACAUCUCAACUCCCUCAGCUUCUAGAGAAGACCUAGACUCACACAUGGGUGUCUCAGAGCUCAGGUCCAGGCUGUUUGAUGAAGAACUUAGUUUUCUUUCUGGCAGCAGAUCAACCCAGCGCAGGUUUACAAGCUCCAUCUUGGAGGUCCAGAGACUAAAGCCUCCAAUGAGGCCACGACUGACCUCCACUGUACUUCACCCUACCUACACCCCUCUCUCAGGGAAAUCCAGGGGCGACCAGAAUCCUCUCAGGCUGGGGGUGAGGGAGGGUGAAAUUGGAGGAGAUAGCAGACAUUACUCUUCUGGAGGACAUUCAAAGGAAAAAACAAUGUCUCCACAUCAGGCAAACUACUGGGCCUGUGCCAUCCCUAAAUCUUCACCUCCCUCUUCAGGCAGGCACUCUGCAGGCUGGGACCCAAACAAGGAAUACGAGGCCCUGCUUGACUACACUUAUCCUCUGAAACCAGGACAGGUCGUCAGCCAGUGGGAUAGCUCUGACCUCCAGGGAGACUCUCUGCUCCAAACAGAUCCAAACCUGCAGGAUUCCGGGAUUGAUCUGGACUAUCUUUGCAACUCCUCCAGCCUGUCAGGGUUGGAGACAGGGCAGACCAGGAGAAGAGGUACUCCUGGUGAGGGUCUGAGGACACCUGAUCUGCAGGGGUCCACCAAAUCCUCUGAAGGUCUGCCCUCAGGUAAUGGUCUCUCCCUAACAGACCCGGUGGGUUUGUCUUUUGAUAGUCUGGACAGUUAUACGAACACAAGUGGAAUAAAACUUUACAAGGGGGGUGGUCAUCAUCAUCAUCAGUACCAUGCAAUAACCUCCAGUGCUUUAAGACGCUCCACUAGUGUUCUCCCACAGUCAAGAUAUGUAUGUGGGGAGCUGGACGAGGAGUUCUGGCCUCUUCCAGAUCAGCUGGAGGAGCUGCAGCUGCUGUCCAGACAGGUGAAGGAGGUGACAGCCAAGCUGAGGCGGCCUGUCACAGCCAGCUGGGAGUCUCUGGGGCCAGGCAACACAUCCAUUCUGUCCUCCAUCACCUUGACUGAUAAACAGGAUGCUGAAAACAAGGAGCUGAAGGGCAACAAUAAAGAAAAAGAAGAGACAGGCAGAGAGGAGAGGAGUGCUUCUCAGACAGAUGAUCCCAGGGUCUCAGAGGAAGUGAGGAGGAGUCAGGGAGUGAGUCGGUCAAGUCUCAGGGAGGUGGAGGCUUUGGUGGAGCAGCUUUCUGGCCUCACACUGCCCCACAGGAGCAGCCAGGAGGAGCAGAGGCAAAGUGACUCCCUGAUGCAGCACAUCAAGGUUUUCUGUUCACACCUAGAGCAGCUCAUUCAGCAGCUGUAUGCCAUGUCAGAGAAGAUGGAGCUGCUGGCUGCACCCACCGUGGACAUAAGCAGUGUGAAGUCCUCUCUGGCUGAGUAUCAGAGUUUUCAAAGAGAAGUGAGCAGCCAUCAGCCCCUGGUCUCCUGUGUUCUGCACACUGGACGGCUUCUCCUCAGCUGCAUCAACACAACAUCUCCAUUUUUAAGAGACGCCCUGCUGUUGAUUGAGAGGGAGUCUGGAGUUCUGGAGAACCACACUGAACACUUUUUCUCCUCCAUCCUGUCUGCCAUGGACAGCCUGACCCAGCCCAGCCCCGUCCAGCAGAGCCGAGAGGAGGACUCUGGCCCUGAAGGGGUCCAUUUAGUGAACAGGCUGCACGACAUGUCCGUGUAAAAGCACAUGAAUUAUUUCACAUAUUUAUUUAUUUUAAUAGAAGAUUUCAUAUUUUCUUCCAACAAUGUUUUAUUUCCAUUCUAUCAAUGUUGUUUCACAAAGAAACAAAGAUGUUUUAUUGUUAUGGAGCACAAAGCAACCAGUGCUAAUUUAGUUUCAUAACUGAACUGAUAUAGAAGUAUUAAGUUCUCCUUAAACUCUGAAUGGUUACAUAAAUGCCUUAAUAUUGCACAGGUUUUUUCUAAUUGCACUUACUGUCACCAUUGUAUUUUAUAAGACAUAAUCCUCUCCUGAUCACCAUUUUUAUCACACUGUCAGUCUUUGAAUCACAUACUGAGGCAUAGAAAUGUCUUUAACAUACCUGUCUUUAUCUGUGCAUCUGUCUGCUGUGUUUACAGUCACACUUUGCAUUUUGGAAUUGCUUUCUAUUAUAAAUGUAAGGAAUGUGUGCCAACUGCACCUACACCUAUAAUGAAAUAAGAGUUCACGGAGCAGCAGCAUGAGCCUUUAUCAGUUUAGAGCUUCACAGGAAGAAUAACAUAUCAAAGAGCCUGUUUUCACCUGGUAUUAAAAUGAAUCCUAAAUGAUCCUAUCACAAAUGGAGAGCCUCACGAUCAGUGUAAAUACCCAGGACACAUUGUGAUCUGACCACUCGGGCUUCUUUAAGAAGUGGUCUGAGACCUAGUGGUCCACAUUGUAUGUGUCCUGGACUACAUUUAGAACAAUGUUUAAUAUUGUCUGAUGUAAUAAUUAUCGUAAUUCCCAGCAUGUUCAGUUCAUCGUUGUUUAAAAUGAUGCAGCGCAAUGAGACAUUUCAUGGAGACAAGCAAAUACACACUGAUGUAUUUGAUAUCUAUUUAUAUUAUUACAGAGACUUCAGUCUGCAUUGGAGUUUAGGCGCUCACUGAACCACACAACUUAAGGAUUUUAUGAUUAAAGAAAGUUUAUAUCUCAGUGAUCCCUGUUUGUGAUCUAUUGAACUCCUUCUCUUACUGCUGUGGUUCUGUAUCAGGUAGUUUUUUUUAUACAUUGCUGGUUUUUGAAGGCCCAUGAAGGAGAGUUACUCUUUAUGUAUUUAUUCCAAUAUAGAGCAGGAAAGUGAAUUUGAAUCACAUGUGGGUCCUUAACAGGCAUGAGGAGACUCAUUUUAAUGCCAGGUGUGAACAGGUGUUUUUGAGUUGUCUACUUGUGAUCAGAUAACCCAGGACACGUUAUGAUCAGAUGUAAACAGAGAAAACGUUUUUUUUUUUUCCACACAAAUUAUUUAAUCAGUAAACUGUAUUCAUUCUUUUGUUUGCUAGAAGUGCAAAAACCCAUCAUUUAGCUCAGUGCUGUCAUGUCAGACUGUGUUUGACAACAUGAACAGCUCUGUGUCUGGACUUCAUACUCUCAAGUAGGCUAACAUCAUAUCAGGUUUACUAUAUUUCUUUCUGAGUCUGAUCUCAGAUCAUUUGGCAGCUGAGUGGAAGUGGACAGACACGGUCCUAUACCGUGUUCUGUAGUGCUCUGUAGGAUACCGCUACUUUUUCACUUACACAUAACUGUCUUGACUUUUUAGCAUUUUCUUAUCAGUUGGUAGAACAUUGACUGAGGGUCCACCAAUACACACAGCCUUAAACAACAUUUUUGGUCUUUUGUUUUUCCUGUCAGGGUUGCAUGUUUUCCAUUUUUGGUUAUAACUGUCUCUAAGAGUUCUGCCACUUGUAUCACUUAGGGGAGCUUACUACUUCAGAAACCUAAAAGAUGUCAUUAUCACAGUCACUGUUAAGUCACUAAAUAAACUGUGUUGUUUAAAAAAGUGUCUGCUAUGUAACAUAUACAUUUAAGGGUAACUGGAGAGCUGGCUGAACUGACCUACUGCUCCUAUAACCACCUGUUCGUACUGACCUUCCACCUUCCAAACAAGUUCUUUCUACUGUAUGUCAUGUGUAUAUGGAGCAAUACACAUCCUAGACUGGUCUCAUCA